AUGGUCUUAAACCUCACCGAUUUUCCUAAAAAUUACACCAUCUGAAAAUUUCAAUUUUUCCGAAUUUUUUACUGCAAAAAUAAUAAAAAUCGGUUAAGUUUAACGGGUAGUAAAACGCCUUUGAAAAUUCGUAUUUUUUCGGUGUGUGUGGUGUAGAAAAGAAAAAAAAAGUUGUAAACGCUGGAAUUGGAAAUUCCUUUUCUCGCCAUUUUGCUUAUAGAAAAAAGUGAAUUUUUCUUAUAAAAAACCUUACAAAUUUUGAGUGAAAAUUAUAUGUAAGAAUUGUGUGGAUAUACGACUGAAAUUCAAACAUAUUAUGCCGUAAUGAUAUAAAAGAAUAAAACUAAAAUAAAAAAGCAAUUUAAUAAUUUUGGUGCAUGAAAUUUAUACCACGAAAAAACAAUAUCAUCCCGGUUUUAAAGAAGUUUUUUUUGUACAAUUUGCUUAACAACAAAUCGCAGAAAAAUGGCGCAUUCAUCGACUGCUACUGCAGCUUCUGCCACUACGACAGGUGAAAUAAAUUAUUUCUUUCAGGAUGAAAAUGGAAAAAUACACAAAGUUCUGAAACAAGUUGAAAUAAAACAAGAACCACUUGGUGGUUCCUCCACAGUUUAUGCUACAUCAGUUGGCGGCAAUAUGGGCACAUUUACACAAAUGAACACAAAUCAACCUCAAUUCGUACGAAUACAAAAUAGUUAUAAUAUCCAACCAACAGAAAAUAAUACCACAUAUACUGUUAUCACACCACAAAGUAGUAGUGGCAGCAGCAAUAGUAAUAUGCAACAAAGGCAACAACAACAACAGCAGCAGCAACAUACCAACAACACAAAUAUCACAACAAUAAAAUAUGAACCAGUUGAAGAAUUUACAACACAUACGACUGUUGUAAAGGAAGAGGAACGUUACAAAUACAAACCACAAAUUCUAACGAACACAGCGAAAACCACAGCUUCAAAAUCAAAAAUCCAACAUAGUACCAGCCAUCAAAAUGUCUCAGCCGCUUCGGUAGCAGCAGUACAAAGAAAACGUAAACCCGAGAAAGCCGGCAAAGGUUUGCGUCAUUUUUCAUUGAAAGUGUGUGAAAAGGUUAAGGUCAAAGGUACCACCACCUACAAUGAAGUGGCCGAUGAAUUGGUGGCCGAAGAAAUACAAAAUAAUUCCUUUGACAAGAACUGUGAUCAAAAGAAUAUAAGAAGACGUGUGUACGAUGCUUUAAACGUAUUAAUGGCCUUGCAAAUUAUAUCCAAAGAUAAAAAAGAAAUACGCUGGAUUGGUUUACCCUCAAAUGCAGUGGAGGAAUUUUCGCAACUGGAAAAGGAUAACCAAGAGCGCCGACUGCGUAUCAAACAAAAAAAUCAACAGCUUAGAGAGUUGUUGCUGCAACAAGUUUCCUUUAAAAGUCUAAUAGAACGCAAUAAGGAGGCCGAACGGCAGGGCAUUAUACCAACACCAAAUUCAUCCAUACAAUUACCUUUUAUAAUUGUUAAUACACACAAGUCAACAAAAAUUAAUUGUAGUGUAACCAAUGAUAAGUCCGAGUAUAUUUUUAAAUUUGAUGAUAAAUUCGAAAUGCAUGAUGAUGCCGAAGUGCUUAAACGUAUGGGUUUAUUAUUUGGUUUGGACAAGGGUCAGUGUUCGCAAGAGGAUGUUGAACGUGCCAAAUCGUUGGUGCCACCAAAUUUUGAAAAAUAUAUAGAAGCGUACGGCAAUGGAAAAGCCAAUGAUAUCAGUUAUGACUCAGACGAAGAAAUGCACUCCUAUGACUAUAUAGAAAUAUCUGAAGAUAAUUCGAAACAUGGUUUUACAACAACAACAACACACAAUGCGUUAGUGAGCAGUGGAGGAGGCGGUGUUGGCGGCGGCGGUGGUGUUAUCAUUAAAACAGCUGAUCUCGAUGAUGAGGAAGAUUUUGUAGAGCACAGUGAUAUUGAUUGAGGUGUAGGUAGAGUUACAGUUCGUAACAAUGCAAAUACAAAUGAAAGAAACAUACAAACAUCUAAAGGAAACAAACAAAACUCUGAAAAGAAAACAAAUUUUAAAAUAAAUAAUAAAAAGAAACAUAUAAAAAAGUUUUAUAUUUCACCAACGACGUCGUCAUCAUCAUCAACAUCAACAUCAUUAGCAACUAUGAAAACGACAGCUGUAACAACAUCGUUGAACACAUCGUCGUCGUCAUCAUCAUCAUCAUUAUCGGCAAUUUCACCAUCCACAGCUACAAAUGAAAUAACUGCAGAAACUAAGGAAUCAGGCGAAAGGAAAGUUAAAUGUAAACCACCACCUACCCAGCAGCAAUCACAGCAAUUAACUGCUGCCUGCGAUGGUAAUUUAUCUGAUACUGAUUCAUUUAGUUUCUCCUUUAUUUCAGCCUUAUUAGGUCUGCAUAAAAAAUAAGAAGUUUUUUAGUUGUUUAUAUAAUAUAAUUUUAAUUAUUAUUAUUAUUUUAUUAAAGAUAGAAAAAAAUGCUAUUUUUUACUAAAGAAAACAAUUUAAUAUAACAAAAAAAAACAAAACAAAAAUCUAUAUUAUAAACAUAUAAAUAUUUUUUAAAUGUCAUUUGUUGUAAGUUAAUUAAUAACUAUUUUCCUCUACUUCUUUAAAACAUGUUUUGGUUCUUUACUGUUCUUUAGUUUUUAAACCUUUCUUUCUCUCUCUCUCUCUCAGUCAAUUUAAUCUCUUAAUAUUUUAGCUAAGAAGAGUUUAAUAUUUUGUUAAAAUAAUUAUAACCGGGACUUUAGGCAAGUUUUUUCAUGUUCUGUUUACUGUGUCCCAAAAGUUUUAUUUAAAUUGGUUUCUAAUAACAAACUUUUCGCUUUUAAUACUUCAAUUUAAUAAAAUUUAAAUUAUUUAUGAUUGGAUAAAAUUUUAAUUUAAUUAAAAAUUAAAAAUAUUUUUUUGUUUUUUUUUUCCUCUUUUUUUUCUUUUUAGAUUUUAUUUUUUAGUUUAAGUUUGUCAUUGUUUUAUAAUGAUAAAUUUUCUAAUUUUGCAAAACAUUUCAAAACUAAUAAAACAUUGUAGUUUUAAUGUAAUGUAAA